UUUCCUCUGCACAGGUUUUGAUAAAUUCCCCCUGGUCCCUCAGCAGAAUGAUGUGGAUGGAGGGAAGGAGCAGGGGCGGUGCUGACAGAGGCCAAUUCAGCUUCAGACUUUAUUACCUGACUUUUCAGCUCCUUAUUACCAUUCACUUGGGAACUGUACCAGCAUUUCAGAAUGGAACAAUGCAGUCUGCUAGGCCUACAUUAUCAUUAGAAACCAAUUUAGAGAAGCCUGUGAGAAACAUUAACCACACUGGGAUUCGAAAGCACAAAAGCACCGGAGAAAAGAUUCCAUUUAUUGGGCUUGCAAAAACCAGUACACUGGACAAGCACUGCUGUAAGAACGGAGGGACCUGCAUGCUAGGCAGCUUCUGUGCUUGCCCUAAGCAUUUCACUGGAAGACAUUGUGAGUUUGAUUUUCGAAACAGGCAUUGUGGUUCUGUAGCUCAUGGUCACUGGCUGCCCAGAAAGUGUGCUUUAUGCAGAUGCGUUUACGGAGUUAUGUACUGCUUUCCAUCUGGGGACUGUGAUGCAAAUGAAUAUACAGAAGAUAUCCGAAUAGUGCAGUCCAAGGGACCCGCACAGUCUUCCUGUCCUAUUGUGAGGCUUCUGCUUUUUACCAUUAGUAUAAUACUUAUACUGUAACUCUAAUACAAUUACAUUAUGUCUGUAGAUGUUACUUUAGUCAUUUUUAACUUAUUGCAGCACUUUUACUAAAAGGCAAUAUUUUAUUUUCAUAUGUAUAGAAAAUUUUAAGUCGCAAACAUUUUAAAACCUCUUGGUUAAUACUGUAUUUCUGUAUCGUGAUAUGCUUUGUGGAAAGUUCUCACACA